GCAAGGAAGCAAAAGUCCUAUAAAGUGAUCAUCUUCAACCUGUCAGCUACUUCAGUUUCGUGAUCGUUCUGGGAGUCGAGAAUGGCCGGCGAGGGAGAGGGCCCAGCGAUAGGGAUUGAUCUGGGGACGACAUACUCGUGCGUGGCAGUGUGGAAGAAUGAUCGAGUGGAGAUCAUAGCGAAUGAUCAGGGCAACCGGAUGACGCCGUCUUAUGUUGCAUUUACUGACAAAGAGCGUUUGGUGGGUGAUGCAGCCAAGAAUCAGGUCGCCAGGAAUCCCACAAACUCCAUCUUUGAUGCAAAGCGGUUGAUUGGUAGGAGAUUUAGUGAUUCUUUAGUUCAAAAUGAUAUCAAGCUUUGGCCAUUCAAGGUCAUUGAAGGUCCUGCCGACAAGCCUAUGAUUGUGGUCACUUAUAAGGGUGAAGAGAAACAUUUUUCUGCAGAGGAAAUCUCAUCUAUGGUCCUUAAAAAGAUGCGUGAGAUUGCAGAGGCUUAUCUUGGAACAACUGUUAAGAAUGUUGUAGUCACUGUCCCAGCCUACUUCAAUGACUCACAGCGCAAAGCCACAAAGGAUGCUGGAGGCAUUGCAGGGCUCAAUGUCAUGCGAAUAAUCAAUGAACCAACAGCCGCAGCCAUUGCCUAUGGUCUUGACAUUGUGGCCAAUGAUAAGAGAAAUGUAUUAAUCUUUGAUUUGGGUGGUGGUACUGCAGACGUCUCUUUACUUACAAUUGACGAAAGUACUUUUGAAGUGAAGGCCGUUGCCGGAGACACUCACCUUGGAGGUGAAGACUUUGACAAUAGAAUGUUAAAGCACUUUGUUAAAAUAUUUAAGAGGCAGCACAAGGAAGAUAUUAGCGGAAAUGCCAAAGCUCUCAGGAGGUUGAGAACUGCUUGUGAGAGAGCAAAAAGGAUUCUUUCUUCUGCAGCUGAGACUACCAUUGAAGUUGAUUCUUUAUAUAUUGGUAUUGAUUUCUCCUCAAGUAUUACCCGUGCAAGAUUCUCAGAACUCAAUAUGGACUUGUUCAGGAAGUCUAUUGAGCUUGUGGAGAAGUGUUUGACUGAUGCUAAGAUGGACAAGAGUGGAGUCCAUGAUGUUGUUCUUACGGGUGGUUCUUCGAGAAUUCCCAAGGUGCAGGAGCUAUUGCAGGACUUGUUUGAUGGAAAGCAGCUUAACAAGAGCAUCAACCCAGAUGAAGCUGUGGCGUAUGGAGCAGCUGUUCAAGCUGCAAACAUGGUUGGUAUGGGUAAUGUAAAAGUUCGGCACAUUGUGCUCUUGGAUGUCACCCCUUUGUCCCUUGGGGUGAGUGUAAGAUCAGAAGGUGAUAUGUCCGUUGUUAUUCCAAGGAAUACCGCCAUUCCAACCAAGAUGGAACGGGACUACUUCACUUUGUAUGACAACCAAACUUCUGUUUUGGUCUCGGUUUAUGAGGGUGAGCGACCAAGAGUUGUGGAUAACAACUGGUUGGGGGAAUUUAGGCUUUCCCGCCUUCCUGCAGCGCCCAAGGGUGUCACUAAGUUUAAAGUAUUCUUUGAGAUAGAUGCUAAUGGUAUCUUGAAUGUUUCUGCUAUGGAGCAGUCCAGUGGCAUGAGUUGCAAGAUCACAAUUACAAAUUACAAGGGUUCAUUAUCCACGGAAGAGAUUCAUAGGAUGGUCCAUGACGCAGAGAGAUACGAAGUUGAAGAUGAUAAGUACAAGAAGAAGGUUAGGGCUAAGGAAGCUUUGGAGAAGUAUACGUACAAAAUGAGGAACAUUGUCAAUGACAAGAAGAAUGGUGAAAAGCUUGAGGCUGCUGAUAAGGAGAAGAUUGAAGCUGCUAUUAAGCACGUGAUUCAUUGGUUAGAUGGUAUUCAACAUGCGGGGGCAGAUGAGUUUAAGGACAAGCUGAUUGGACUUGAGUUUAUCUGCAAUCCCAUCAUUGCGAAGAUAUCUAGAAAUUGAGCAGGUCGUCUCAUAAAAUAGAAGACAAUUAUUUUGAUGAUGACAAUUAGAGUCCGUUAAUAGGACCAUAUCAGUGCAAUAGUUUCCCGACUUAUGUUUUGACGUGACUUUGUCUGGUAGCAAUUGGAAAAGGUGAAAUAUGAUGUUUGCUUUA